UUUAUGUUUUCCCAUUAAUAAAAACACUGAAAAUAUUUGCCAAUAUUCAUCAAAACAAGAGCACUGGUCUGUACCAAUGUGAGUGGUUCUAUGAACACAAAACUACUACAGUGUCAACAGCUCCCCCAUGUGGAGAAACUUCAACCUGCUUAGCCUUUAGUGAGUUAUUUACAUUUACGGCAUUUAGCAGACGCCUUUAUCCAAAGCAAGUUACAGUAUACAGUCUGAGCAAUUGAGGGUUAAGGGCCAACAGCAGCAACCUUGAACCUUCUGGUUACUAGGCUACUGCUUGCCCCUAGUUAUCAGGGAUUGCAAAAUUGUAGCAUUUUCCAAUUUUUUCCCUAAUUUAAAUUACUUAGUCAACACUAUUAAACAUUUUAGCAUCUCAGUUACGGUUGUUAACAAGUGUUUCACAUCCGAUCAAACAUGAUAAACCGUGUAUAGCCUGUAAUCUGGACCUGGUCUCAUUAGGUCAUGAUGCUUUUGCAUCCAGCUACGUUAUUAUGAGCCCCUAAUGCCAGUCACGUGUUGUGGGCGAGUCCAUCCCUGCACGUCUCCACGGAGACUGAUGGACAAGACAGGAAUUGGGAUCUGCCUGAGCCAACCUCGCGCCAGGUCAAAGGUCGGCGGAGGUGCUAUGUUGGCUAUGCGGGCUUCUGUCAGUCUGGACGGAGUGGAGGAAAGGGAUGAAGAGCAAGAGGAAGAUGGAGAGGAAGAACUGCGGGAUGGAGGAAUCCCAUUCAUUGUGAAUCGAGGCGGGUUGCCAGUGAACGAGGAAACUUGGGAGCAGAUGUGGCGGCACGUGGCCAGGAAUCACCCAGAGGGGGAGGAAGUGGAGGGAAGGAUCCGCGGAGCAACCGACCUGCCCAAGAUCCCAUUACCUACUGUGCCUACAUACCAGCCAAGCACCAGUGUUCCUCAUCGCUUGGAAGCCAUACAGAAAUACAUCAGGGACUUGCAGUACAAUCACACUGGAACGCAGUUUUUCGAAAUCAAGAAGAGCCGACCUCUUACAGCGUUAAUGGACAUAGCUAAGGAAAUGACCAGAGAAUGUCUACCAAUCAAAUGUCUGGAGGCUGUGAUCCUCGGAAUUUACCUCACUAACAGCAUGCCGUCAGUGGAACGCUUCCCCAUCAGCUUUAAAACUUACUUCUCAGGGAACCACUUCCGCCACAUCGUGUUGGGGAUCCACAGCGGCGGGCGCUUCGGGGCCCUCGGGAUCAGUCGGCGUGAGGAUCUGAUGUACAAGCCGCUGGAGUACCGCACGCUGGCGGACCUGCUGCAGGAGUUCCAGACUGCCUAUCAGGGCUACUGGCACACGCUUCGCAAGGUGAAGAUCGGCCAGUAUGUGUCACAUGACCCUCACAGUGUGGAGCAGAUUGAAUGGAAGCACUCGGUGUUGGAUGUUGACAAGCUUUCCAAAGAGGAGCUGAAGAAGGAGCUCGAGAGGCAUACACGCGACAUGAGACUGAAUAUUGGCAAACCGGUUUCACCUAGCAAGGACAGAAGGAAAGAUACAGGAUCUCCUCUACGUAACCCCGGAAGCCCCAUGCGUAGGAACAGCCGGAAUGAAAGAAGGCCAUCUGGUGACAAGAAGCCUAUGGAUGCGAAACCCCCAGCUGAUAUGAACGGUUACCAGAUUAGAGUGUGAGCAGAACUCUACUGCCGCUGAACAAUACAAUUCACACCAAACAACCAGCUACACCAUAAUGCUUAGUUGAAGUGAUGCGGAACAGAAACGUCUCGAUUGUCUUUCCGUUUUUAAAAUAUUACAUGUGAACUGUUUUAACGGUGAUGUACAGUAUGUACCUGUGAGCAAACCAGAUGCCAUGCCACUUUUAACGACUCACAUAAGGAGACCACUUUUGUAGACACCCAGCUGCACAUGUGCACUAAGUGACUUGUAAAUAUGACAGUGUGUGUGUGUGUGUACUAACCUGAAUUUUUCUGUUGUACUUUAUAAAACACUUAUCAGGUGCCUUUUAUUUAAUAAGCUACCUAUUUGUUAGCAUGGCUUGAGGAGACUGACUUGUCACUCCUAUGUCCACGUCCUCCCAGCUCAAAAAAAAAAAAAAAAAAGACAGACAACCCUUAUAAACACAAGGUUAUGUUUUGGUUGGAUGUCGAAGUGGCAAUGUAGUGUCAGCAGCCAACUCCUUUAAACAGCUUCAGUCCAAGCUCUAACACUUGAAUGACCUUUUUUUAAUUAAUGACAGACAUGCAUAACCGUACAUGGCUAAAAGUAUGUGGACUUAUUCAAAAACCAUGUGUUUUCACUUUGACCUAGUUAGUGCAGGCCAGCAAAGAUAUUCCACACCAAAACCGUUGCCAAAAGUCUCUGGAAUGUCUCUGUAUGAUUUAGCAAAGCAUGAAGCUUUUAUUGAUAUGAACUUUAAGGACAUUAAAGACCAUUACUCAUCA